GCCGACCCGGGCGUGCGGGGCGAGGGGGCCAGCGCCGCACCCGCCCUGGGCAGCCGAGAGGGGCGCCCACACCCGGGAUCGGUCCGGCGGGGAGUCGCCCGAGAGAGCCGCCACCGGGGGGUGUACCCCGUUCAUGCAUUCAUUCAUUUGAUUCAUUCAUUCCGCGGCACCACCUCCCGGCCCGGGCCCCGCGGCCUCCGGGGGCGCAUCCAAGAGCAUGGCAUUCCCUGUGGACAUGCUGGAUAAUUGCAGUCAUGAAGAAUUGGAAAGUUCUGCCGAGGAUUACAUGUCAGAUCUUCGUUGUGGGGACCCUGAAAAUCCCGAGUGCUUUUCUCUUCUCAACAUUACGAUUCCCAUCAGCCUGUCAAAUGUAGGCUUUGUACCACUUUAUGGUGGCGAUCAGACCCAGAAAAUCCUCGCUCUUUUUGCACCUGAGGACUCACUGACAGCUGUGGCUCUUUACCUUGCUGAUCAGUGGUGGGCUAUUGAUGAUAUUGUGAAAACAUCUGUCCCUUCUAGAGAAGGGCUUAAACAGGUGAGGACUCUUGGAGAGAGAGUGGUUCUCUAUGUUCUGAAUCGAAUUAUUUAUAGAAAACAGGAAAUGGAGAGAAAUGAGGUCCCAUUCUUGUGUCAUAACAGUACUGAUUAUGCUAAAAUUCUAUGGACCAAAGGAGAGGCUAUUGGGUUUUAUUCAGUCAAGCCUACAGGAAGUAUAUGUGCCUCAUUUCUUACCCAGAGCUACCAGCUACCAGUUCUUGAUACAAUGUUUAUAAGGAAGAAAUAUCGAGGCAAAGAAUUUGGGCUUCAUAUACUGGAGGACUUUGUUGAUUCUUUUACAGAAGAGGCACUUGGCUUGAGGUAUCCACUGUCCUCUCUCAUGUACACAGCUUGCAAGCAGUACUUUGAAAAAUAUCCAGGAGACCAUGAACUUCUCUGGGAAGUUGAAGGUGUUGGACACUGGUACCAGAGAAAACCAGUCAGCAGGGCAUUACAGAGAGAAACUCUUAAAAUUAAAGCCAUUUCUCAAAAUGAAGCUAAAAGAACUAUAUCUGGAAAUUAUGGUCUUGCUGCAUGUGUUUCAGAAUAUGAAGCAAAAAACGAAGACAAUCAAUCUAGUGAGAUGCAAUUAACUAUUGGUUCUCUAAAAGAUGCCUUUGAAAGCACGUCAGAAGGUCAUGUUAAAACACCUGUUUCCACUCGUACACGAAGUUGUCACCUAAAGCGGCCAAAGAUUGGAAAACGGUUUCUGGAUUCUGAAUUUAAUUCUAAAGGUCAAGAUGCAAAAACUUCCCAGACUUCACCUACAGUUUCAGCAAACAAAUUAGAACUUACUGCUCACACAUCAGAGAGUUCAGAAGAAUUUGUAGAAGAAUUCCAAGAGAAUGUCAUUGAAUUUGAGGAUGAAGGCAUCAGUAAAGAUUCGGGGAGAACACCAGAAACCCAAUCACACCUGGAGAAGCAAGCAGAUGAAAAGGAAUCUGAAUCAGAGCCUCUGAAUGGUGAGGUCAUGGAUGAUACGCUAAAGACUUCUUCACUUAUAACAGAGGAGGAAGACUCUGCUAGUGAAGUUUUAGAUGAAGAGCUAAAAUUGCAGUCUUUAAAUUCCAAUGAAGAUUCUACAAAUCUUGUUCCCACAGUGGUAGAAUCUUCAAAACCUGACUCUGUUGCACAGGAUAAGGCCUCACAUAUAACUGAUUCAGAAAUGUUGCUAGAUGAAGGCCCUGCCGAAGAAAAGGGGCACACUGAAGAUAAAACACCAGUAAUCUCCAGAAAGAAAGCCCAUUUUGGGAGUUCAGACAGCGCCACUUCUAUCCCAAAUGAAGAACGACCUGACAGUGGCUUUCCAAGCUCUGUGAUCCCUGAAUUUUCCGAAGAACCAGUCUCUGAAAAUUUACCACUCAAGAACACGUCGUCUUUGGAAGAGCAAGGUGAGGAGGGCGUGCCUGAGCCCCAGGAAACACCAACUACUCUUGCUCAGAGUUCUUUGAUAGAGGUUGAACUGGAAGAUGUGCCAUUUUCACAGAAUGCAGGACAGAAAAAUCAGUCUGAGGAACAGUCUGAAGCUUCCUCUGAGCAGCUGGAUCAGUUCACACCAUCCGCAGAAAAAAAUGUGGAUAGCAGCUCAGAGGAAAUAGAAGUGGAAGUGCCCGUUGUAGACAGGCGAAAUUUAAGAAGAAAGGCCAAAGGGCACAAAGGACCUGCUAAGAAGAAAGCCAAGCUGAUCUGAAUGGAAAAUACAUACAAUAAAUCUUUGUAACAUUAUUGUUGUUUUUAAAAUAUGGCAAUUAAUAAAUACGCAUGGGGCACAGGACAAAAA